AUGUCGACAACAACUGGUGCCUUCAUCGCCGGCGGCAUCGCCGCAUGCGGCGCUGUAACGGCCACUCACCCCUUCGAGACGGUCAAAAUCCGCAUGCAGCUCCAAGGCGAGCUCCAAACCAAAGGCGCCCAGCCGCACCACUACCGCGGCCCGCUCCACGGCGUGUCCGUCAUCGUCCGCAACGAAGGCCUGCGCGGCAUCUACCGCGGCAUCGGCACCGCCUACGUCUACCAGGUCCUGCUGAACGGGUGCCGCCUGGGGUUUUACGAGCCCAUGCGCACGACGCUGGCGCAACUGUUUUUCCAGGAUACGUCGGUGCAAAACUUGGGGGUGAAUCUGUUCAGCGGUGCGGCGUCGGGCGUCAUUGGUGCGGCGGUGGGGAGUCCGUUUUUCUUGGUUAAGACCAGACUGCAGAGUUUCAGCCCUUUUUUGCCCGUGGGCACACAGCAUCGGUAUCGGAACGCGGUGGAUGGGUUGAGCCAGAUUUAUAAGAGUGACGGUGUGGUAGGGCUGUGGAGGGGUGUGGGGGCCGCCAUGAUCCGGACGGGCUUUGGGUCUUCGGUGCAGCUGCCGACGUAUUUCUUUGCGAAGCGCCGGCUGAUGCGGCAUCUGGGUAUGGAGGAGGGCCCAUCGCUCCAUCUGGCAAGUAGCACGGCCAGUGGCUUUGUCGUGUGUUGUGUGAUGCAUCCACCGGACACCAUCAUGUCCCGCUUGUACAACCAAAACGGCAACCUGUACCAGGGCAUUUUCGACUGCCUGGCCAAGACCAUCCGCACCGAGGGCUUCUUUGCCAUUUACAAGGGCUUCCUGCCGCACCUGGCCCGCAUCCUGCCGCAUACCGUCUUGACCCUCACCUUUGCCGAGCAGACCAACAAGCUGGUGCGUAAGGUUGAGGAGCGCUUUUUUGCCGUCGAGGCGAGACAAGCAAUGUAA